CAAUAGGUUGUGCAUUUUUUUGUUUUUGGUCUUUUUCUGUGUCAUCAACACGAUUGGUUUUACUGAGAAUGGUUAUAGAUGGUCCCAGAAACAAUACUUUGAAAUUAUCCGAAUAUAGGUUUUUGAAGGAAUAAAAUUAUUUUCACCCAUUGUUCUCAUUUACAAUAUAGAGCUGUUCCUUUAUUAAAUCCAAAGUGCAUAACCAGUCAUGAUAAAGCCAAUGUAAGCUGUACCUGUGUUAAACAUCUUUUACACCUUCACAGCCGCCCAGCCGGGGGUAGCAACUUAAGUGCAGGGCAGACAGCACCACUUGCUACAACGGCCCUCCCCAGGUUUGGAACUCCAGUCUUCGGAGCCAAACCCAACCCAGCAGCAAGCACACCCUUCACACCAGUCACCACCUCUGUGUCCGGAGGGGCCACUCCGUAUGGAGGAGCUACCCGUUCCGGCGUGCAGACCACCUCAGCACCCAGCAUGCCAGUCUUAAGCAUUGGAAGGAAAGGACGUUUGGAGGGAGACCUUUUCUACCCAACAGAUGUAGCAGUGGACAUGGACGGUAACAUUGCAGUGGUGGAGGACGAGAACAGACGGGUUCAGAUAUUCGAUGCCAAGACUGGUCAGUCACUUCGGUCUUUCCCGGUAGAUGGGGGGAGUCCAUAUGGCAUUGACGUAGACCCCAUUGGACAGUUUAUUCUGACGUUUCCUAACAUAUCCACCACUGGCAACCAAACAAUCCAGGUGUACUCGCAGAAUGGAAAACGUACAAAGACCCUAAAACCUUACUGUCAGUUACAAGAUCCGCGCGGGAUUGCAGUUCUGCAGGACGGCCGCAUGGUGGUGGCAAACAGCAAACAAAAAUCAUGCCUCCUCCUGCAGCCUGACGGGAGCCUCAUCCGGGAGAUCGGCAAGGGACAGUUACAGAGACCAUGGUUCAUAGCAGUAGACGAGUCACGUGAUCUGUUCUUUGUCACUGAUGGCUGGGCUCAUAAAGUGCUUGUUUUUGACCUUGAGGGUAAGCUGAAGUUCAGGUUUGGUAAACAGGGGAAGGGGGAGGGAGAACUCUACUGUCCAUCAGGGAUUGCAGUAGACCCGGCAGGUAACAUUAUUGUAGUGAGUCCCGAAAAUGGCCGUCUUCAGGUGUUCGGGCCAGACGGGACGUACCUGAGAACUGUGGCCACAAUGGAGGGAGGAUUCCCCCAGGGAAUCGCGCUGACACCGGAUAACCACAUAGCUGUAACGUGUAGUUAUGGACAUUGUGUGGAUUUUUACAGGUACAUGGCCGCUAAACACUUCACUACAGGAGCGAUGGGCGGCCAGUCUGUGGAGGGAAGUCCGUUUGACAUUAGAAAACAAAGUAAUGACACCCCAGUCUUAACUAUUGGGAGGGAAGGACGUUUGGGGGGACAACUUUCCUGUCCAGCAGAUGUAGCAGUAGACAUCGACGGUAACAUCGCAGUGUUGGAGGCAGGGAACAAACGGGUUCAGAUAUUCGAUGCCAAGACUGGUCAGUCACUUCGGGGCUUUCCGGUGGAUGGAGGGCACCCAUGGGCCAUUGGCAUGGACUCCAAUGGACAGUUUAUUGUGACUUUUUCAUGUAAGUUCGGAAAUGAUCGAGCAGUCCGGGUGUACUCACGGGAAGGAAAACUUACGAAGACCCUAAAACCUGAGAGUUUACGAGAUCCGACUGGAGUGGCAGUUCUGCAGGACGGCCGCAUGGUGGUGGUAGACAGCGAACAGAAGUUCUGCCUCCUCCUGCAGCCUGACGGGAGGCUCAUCCGGGACAUCGGCAAGGGGCAGUUACAAUACCCACGGUUCUUAGCAGUGGACGAGUCACGUGAUCUGUUCUUUGUCACUGAUUGCCGGGCUCAUAAAGUGUUUGUGUUUGACCUUGAAGGGAAGCUGAAGUUCAGCUUUGGCAAAGAGGGGUUGAUUGAGGGGGAACUCUGCUAUCCAACAGGGAUAACAGAAGACCCGGCAGGUAACAUUAUUGUAGUGAACAGUAGUAGAGGCCGUCUGCAGGUGUUCGAGCCAGACGGGACGUACCUGAGAACUGUGGCCUGGGUGAGGGGAAGAUUUCCCCGGGGAAUCGCGCUGACACCGGAUGGCCGCAUAGCUGUAACGUGUUAUAAUGGGCAUUGUGUCGAAUUGUACAGGUACAAGUAGCUUAAUGUGCUUUGAUCUUGUCCAUGCUAUAAGAUAUCAACAUUACAAAUAGCAAAACAGA